UUCUGCACGCGUGUCAUUCACGCAUUUGACGGAAUAGGCAUGUAAAUUGUAUAUGUAUACAUAACAUGUGUACACAGUCUCUAACUCUCGACAGUUUCCGAUUAUUGUGGUCCAUUUUUAUUGAAUUUAUCCUUGAAGCACGACGCUGAAAUCACGUACGUGCGGAAUUGACUCGGAAUUUUCUCUUUUCAUACUAUUCUGUUUCGUUUAAAACUUGUUAAUCUGCGUACGAUGGGCAAGUAGCGACGUGGCAAAAUGUCUCACGUUGAAUCAUGUAAAGUUCGGCAGCAAAAUGAAUUGGAAGUCUUGAAGUCUAUCUUUGGUGAUGAAUUGCGUGACUUGAGGAAGAAUAAAAAUAAGAAGAAAUGGCAACCUUUAGAUAUCAUUGUUACCUUGACGCCACAAAAAGGUAUGUCCGGACCUGCGGAAGUCUAUGCACAGAUAGAUUUGCAUAUUGUAUGUUGCGACAAAUAUCCUGAUGAGGUACCAAUUAUUCAACUGCAAGAUAGCAGAGGUUUGUCUCAUCAACAGGUUGCGGUUUUGUCAUCUGAACUCGAAAAUUUAGCACAAAAGUUAAAGGGUGAAGUUAUGAUUUUUGAAUUCAGUCAACAUGUUCAGAAAUAUCUACACGAGCAUAACAAACCGAGUUACAGUAGUUUUUAUGAAGAGAUGGUGUCGAGAAAUCAGGAAAGAAUACAAUAUGAGAUGCAAGAGAAGCAAAUGAAAGAAGAUAAAGAAAGACAGGUUCUGCAAGAUGCCAUACAAAAACGUCAGGAAGCCCUGAAAGCUGAGAUGCGUAAUCGGAAGGAAACAAAUAGAUUGAUCACAGAUUCUGAUGUUGUCUUUCGAUCCAUACCAUCGUCUCCACAUGAAAGAGGAACGAGUCGUUUUAGACGUCGAUGUGUGAGCACGUCAGAAAGCUCCGAAGGAUCGUUGUGCGAGCAUAGAGGUACUAAACUCAUUCAUUUUGACAGUAAUAAAGGCGAGAGACAAGUGCACCGAGGAAAAUGCUUGGGGCACAGUGCAAAGGGUUCCAUAGUAUAUGCUGGCGUUGAUGAGACUACUGGAGAAUUAUUAGCUAUUACGGAAUGGACGUUGAAAUGUGCUAUGGCAAAUGGUUGCUCCACUCAGGAAGCCAUCGAUAUACAUCAUGCUAUGAAACAGAUUGCUAGUUUGGAGCAAGAGCUGAAUCAUUUGUACAAACUACAUCAUCCAAAUCUUGUACAUUAUUUAAAUAUGAAAUAUUUGCAAAGCAACAAUAAUGUGGUGAUUUAUGUGCUUCAAGAAUUCGUGGUUGGUACCACGUGCUCGUUCUUCCUGAUGGAAAACAUUCCAGUCGAUAUCGACAUGUUGAGACAUUUGGCAACAGGUGUUCUCGAGGCAUUGCAAUACCUCCAUGAGAAUAAUGUAGUGCAUAAAGAUUUACGAGACACCAGCAUUUAUAUAGAUCACAUGGGUCUUGUAAGAUUGUCCGAUUAUUCUUUAGAUAAAAGAUUGUCGGACAUGUAUCAUUCGAAUUCCUUAGCAAAGACUGAACACGAUUUUCCAACAAUUCAAGGUCGAGGUGGCAAAAAGGCAGACAUAUAUAGAUAUGGGAUAUUAUUGCUUUCGUUAUUAAAAGGAACCAUCAUAUCCGGGGAAGAAAUCGAUCUAACAGUAAUCCCACAGCUUCACUUGAGGGACUUUAUUUCAAAAUGUCUCAUCGACGACGAAAGAAUGCGUUGGUCUGCAGAACAAUUGCAACAACAUAGUUUUAUAAAAAUACCAUUAGCUCGAGGUUUAUCGCCUUCCAUACCGGAUCAUGAUGAGAAAGAGAAACAUUUAGAACCAGAAGAACCGGAUACCGAUAUUCAGUUACAUUUGCCAUCAAUGGGUAGGCAAUCACGAAUACAAAAUGAAUUUGAGGUGCUGAAAUGGCUGGGAAAAGGAGCCUUCGGCGACGUUUUAAAAGUGAGAAAUAAAUUAGACGGCGGUGUCUAUGCUAUCAAACGCAUAGAAUUAAAUCCAAAGAAAAAGCAGCUAAAUAGGAACAUUACGCGCGAAGUUAAAUUGCUCUCUAGAAUGAAUCAUGAAAAUGUAGUACGUUAUUACAAUUCGUGGAUUGAAAGUGCUACUUUGGAUGAUUCAGUCAGGCAUAGUCAUUUCACGCCAAUCACCACGUCUUCAGAUAGAACAACCACCACGCAGGAUAAAGCAGAUAUAGUUAAUCAUCUGGAAAGUGAUGAGAUAGAAAAAUUUGCUCCACCGUUACGCGAUGUUGAAUGGAAUAUAUCGUAUGAAUCUCGGGCGAAUGUGGCUGAUAGCGACGAUGAAAACAGCGAUGCCUCGACUGAUUCCGACAGUGAAGAACACUGCGCAUUUCUAAUGCGAACUUUAUUACGUAUUGAGUCUUCCGAUAGUAUUGAAUUCGAAAGAGAUGAUAUAUCACAAAAAUGCGCAGUGACGCCAGACGUUUCUAAUAACGAUAUUAAGGAUACUGAAACUUCUAGUGAAGAUGUCACGGUAAAAGAAAUACAAUUUAUGUACAUCCAAAUGGAAUUCUGUGAGAAAAGCACAUUAAGAACUGCCAUAGAUAAUGGUUUAUACGAAGAUGAAGAACGUUUUUGGAGGCUCUUUCGAGAAAUUGUAGAAGGUCUGGCACAUAUUCAUCAGCAGGGUAUGAUACAUAGAGAUUUGAAACCUGUAAACAUUUUCCUCGAUAGUAAUGAUCACGUCAAGAUAGGAGAUUUCGGAUUGGCCACGACUAAUAUACUGUCAUCGUUAGUUCAAACCAUCGAUACUGAUAAAGAAUCACAAUUUGAGAAAGGUGGAAGUUAUGAUGUAGAAGAAUUAGGAUCUCUUACUGGUCAAGUUGGUACAGCUUUAUAUGUAGCUCCUGAACUUUCCGCAAAAACUGCCAAAGCAAUUUACAAUCAAAAAGUGGACAUCUAUAGUUUGGGAAUCAUUUUCUUUGAAAUGAUUUACAAACCGCUGACUACCGGAAUGGAGCGUGUCAAGGUCCUGCUAAAUUUACGCUCGAAAGAAAUCGUCUUUCCUCCUGAUAUAUCAGAAACAGAUGCAUCUCAAAUUCAUAUCAUACGUUGGCUGCUGAAUCACGAUCCAAGUCAACGUCCUACCGCUCAGGAAUUACUUUCUUCCACAUUUUUGCCACCACCGUUAGAAGAUACGGAAUUGCAAGAAGUAAUGCGCCAUACGUUAUCCAAUAGUCAAAGUAAAGCAUAUAAAUAUUUAGUGGCGUCGUGCUUUACGCAAGAUGUUACACCGGCAGAAGAUAUUACUUAUGAUAUGAAUUUACCUGCUAGGGAAACGUCAAGUGUUCUUUCCUCAAAAAAGCAAUUUCUGCAGGAAAGUGUGAAACAAAAAAUCAUUGAGAUAUUUCAAAAGCAUGGCGGAAUAUACCUCGCGACACCGUUGUUAAUGCCUAAAUCCAUUCAGCAUUCUAACUUUACCGAGUCUAAUGUAAAAUUGAUGACUCGUACUGGCAGUAUAGUUUCGAUACCUCAUGAUCUUCGUACUCCUUUUGCUCGAUAUGUUGUAUGGAAUAAUAUUUCGCAUAUUCGAAGAUACGCUAUCGAACGUGUCUUCAGAGAUAAAAAGGCGCGAGGAUUUCAUCCAAGGGAAUUAUAUGAAUGUGCUUUUGAUAUUAUUACUCCUGUAAAUAACAAUUUAAUGCCAGAGGCUGAAUUAAUCUUCAUCAUAUGGGAGAUCUUCAACGAGUUACCACAGAUUCGAGAACAUAAUUUCAUAAUACGCCUGAAUCAUACGUCGCUAUUAAAAGCUGUGCUAAUGUAUUGUGGCGUAGAGAAAGACAAGUAUCAGGAUAUAUAUUCCAUACUACAGGAUGCCCGCGAUGGAAAGUUAACUAAAUUUCAGGUCCAAACGCAUUUGAUAAGUUUAUGCUUAACCGAUCAAGCUAUGGAAACGCUUUUUAAUUUACUUGAAACGGAAAGCUCCGUUGCGAAAAUCAAUAGUGUUUUAAGAACAAUUACGAGAAGAAAAGGAGAAGAUGCUCGUUUAGCCAAUGAAGGUAUAAACGAUAUAAAGACUGUAACAUCUUAUGUAGAAAGUUUGGGUGUUAAGUGGCCUAUUACUAUCGUACCUUUAUUAACGUAUAAUGUACAACAAUAUAGUGGUGUGAUAUAUCAAAUAACUUGCGAAUUGAAGCAUAGACGAAGACGAUGUGGUCAAAACAUCAUAGCUGCGGGCGGUCGAUAUGAUAAAAUGCUGGUAUCAUUUAGAAAAGUUUUAGAGCGCACUGGAAUGGCCAGUAAAGAAAUGAAACAAUACGGUGCUGGUAUUAGUAUAUCGUUAGAUAAAUUGGUGUCCGCUGGUGCUGAAGAAUGUGAAGGUAGUGAAAGUAAAUACGGUAUUGAUGUGGCUAUAUGCUGUGAGGGAAAUUCAGAAAACGAAGGAAGAGGAGAAAAGGACAUGAUUAAUGUAUUACGGGAAAUCUGGUCAUUAGGAUUGAAGGUUACAACGUUAGAUCUAUGCACUAUGGAGGAAAUAUUAGAAUACUGCCAAGAAAAUUCUAUAAGCCAUAUAGUAAUAUUAAGAAGUAGUACUUUAAGAGUGCUAACAUGGGAAAGGGACCGAUUUCAAGAGAAGAAGUGGAACACUAUACAGGAUAUUGUUGAAUAUUUACAACGACAGACCGAAAUCGCGUUGCCAAUCUUGAAUAGGUCCGAAAGUAAAAUAAGUGCGAAUGAUAUAUCAGUAGUGUCUAGUAAUCCGAUUAAUGUUAACAUCGGUUUCAUUCUCUCUGAACGAGAUAAACUGUCCGGAAGUGGCAAAAGAAGUUUCAAGAAUACCAUAUUAGCGCAAAUGUCCUCCUACUUGCAAAGAAUAUCACAUAAAGUUCCUGUAGAAAUUUUUGCAGUCUUUUUAGAAAUAUCCGUUAUAAGAACGCUGAUCGGUUUUUUAGAGAUCGAUGAGGAGGAACAAGCUUUCCAAAAAAGUAUUCAAAUUAUAAUAGAUAAACAUCCACGGCAUAAGAAAUAUAUAAAAGUAAUAUGCGAAGAUAUGAGGAAAUUACGGAAUGAAAAGUCCAAGCCUGUACAGAUACUUUACAGUUUGAUAGACAGUAGACACAUGACUUUAAUAUAAAAUAUUGUCAA